AUGGACGAGAGGAAGGCGGAGGAUGCGCUCACCAAGGUGCACCAAAAGUUGGCUGACUUGCUGUUCACGGGAGAGUAUGCCAAAGUUGAUGCGAAGGUUGAUGACGGCGACUUCAAGCACGCAGCGAGCAGCUGUGGAGUCAAGAACUUCCAGGGUCAGCGCACUGGCGUCCGGCCCAUAGCCGAAGGUCUGAUGGCAAGCUUCGAUCGACCGCCCCAGCAGCGAUACACCUUUGCAAGGUGCAGGAGAGCGGCCUCCCCCAUUCCUGUGUUCCAUGGAGGUGCCCGCUUCUUCGAUGUGCUGCGCAAGCAUGUGUGA